GGGAGCAGCACCAGAGCCGGAGAGACAAUGGUCUCAGUGACUAUGGCCACUUCCGAGUGGAUCCAGUUCUUUAAGGAAGCCGGCAUUCCUCCGGGGCCUGCUGUGAAUUACGCUGUGAUGUUUGUGGAUAAUAGGAUCCAGAAGAGCAUGCUGCUGGAUCUCAACAAAGAGAUCAUGAAUGAGCUGGGCGUGACUGUGGUGGGCGACAUCAUUGCCAUCCUCAAGCAUGCCAAGGUGGUGCACCGUCAGGACAUGUGCAAGGCUGCCACUGAGUCAGUGCCCUGCAACCCCAGCCCCAUCCCAGGCGAGAUCCGCCGAGGCGCCUCUACCGCCUCUCGAAUGAUCGCCAACAGCCUGAACCGCGACUCCCCACCCGGCACUCCCCCCAGGCGGCCGGACACCAGCACCUCCAAGAUCUCGGUCACUGUGUCCAACAAGAUGGCAGCGAAGAGUGCCAAGGCUGCCGCAGCCCUGGCCCGCCGGGAGGAGGAGAGCCUGGCUGUCCCCACCAAGCGGCGCCGGGUCACGGCCGAGAUGGAGGGGAAGUACAUCAUCAACAUGCCCAAAGGCACCACCCCCCGGACCCGCAAGAUCCUGGAGCAGCAACAGGCGGCCAAAGGUCUCCAGAGGACGUCUGUGUUUGACCGCCUCGGCGCCGAGACCAAGGCAGACACGACGACAGGCAAUAAACCCACAGGAGUUUUCAGCCGCCUGGGGGCCACCCCAGAGAUGGAUGAGGAUCUGGCUUGGGACAGCGACAAUGACAGCAGCAGCUCUGUCCUGCAGUAUGCCGGGGUCCUGAAGAAGCUGGGCCGGGGCCCAGCCAAGCCCAGUCCCCAGCCGGCACUGACUGUCAAAGCCAAGGCCACAAGCUCAGCCGCGACGGCCGCCACCCCGACACUGCGGCGCCUGGCCCUUUCCUCACGCCCGGGGCUCGAGAGGAAGCCGGAGUCCCUGUCCAAAGUCAGCAUCAUCCAGAGACUGGGCAAGGCUGCCCUUGUGCCCGAGGCCCAGGACAGCCAGGUCACGAGCACCAAGAGUAAGUCCUUGGCCGAGGUCAAGGUCACCAUUAAGAGGACUCUGGUGGGGCCCCGGGGGAGCAGCUCCAGCGAGGGCCUGGGUGCCCAGAUGGACCAUGCGGGCACAGUGAGCGUGUUCAAAAGACUGGGCCGCAGGACCUUCUAGCCUCUGGGCGGGGCACGGGCCCCUCUCUAGGCUCCUGGCUCUGGCAGGGUCUCCCGUGAGGCCAUGCCCAGCCCUCUGCUGGCUCCUGGAUGACACUGCUUGUCUCCCUCAGGCAUUCGAGCCGGCCCGAGCUUUCUGGGGGCUCACCCCAGUGUUCUGAGUCCGACAUGGUCGCUGUGGCCUGGCCUUGCUGCUCUAGGACUUUCCUUUCUCAUGUCCUUUGUUCUCUUCUCUCGGACUGUGGCCUUUGGCAGGACCCACUUUUCUACCUCUCCCAGAGCCAAGUGCUCUUUUCCCUCCUCUGUUCCCCCUCCUGCCCCUCGGCAGCAUCUGCUGCCUCCGCCCCAGCUCCCCGGCCUCCCCAGUCCCCCACAGAGUCCCCCCACCUUACCGACGUCCCGACUUCCCCUCGCUCCUCUGCCCCCUCCCCCAUCUGUCCCCCCUCCC